CCGAGCCGGGCUUCGCGGCAGACGCGGAAGGCCGGAGCAGGCCGAGCCGGGCGGUGUGGGCCGAGGCUAUGAGAGAGGGGCGUGCCUAAGGAGAUGAAGGUUAUUAAACAUUCUGAGGAGGUGCUGAAGGCAGCCCUGGUUUCCAAGGACACACAGCUUGCGAAACUUUAUGAGAUGUUUAACCCUAAGGAGAAGAGUUUGCUAAAUGAAGCAUUUCAGCCAGGCAGUGUUCUUUUCAAGCCCAUCACGCUGCAUUCUGAGUCGGAUUGGAUCUCCUCACACCCAGAACCCACCCAGGAUUUUGCACAGUUUUAUCAUGACCCUUGCAGAAAGACACCAACUCCCCAGAAAAAUCGGAUUUAUGUUCAGCCCAUUGGUUCUUUUGGAGAUUCCAGAGUUAGCACAGAUGUCUACAUGAAAUGGCUGAAGGAUUACUGUGAAGCCUUUUACUACGGUUUGAUUGUAAGAAUCCUAGGACCAGUGCCAGUUUCACACACAGGUUGCCCUUUUCGGAUCAAUGAAAACACACACAAUCUGCAGAUUCACGCAGGUCACCUCUUGAGUUACCUAAAGAAAAAAAAGCCAAAGGAUGCUUUUUGCAUUGUGGGAGUGACCAUGAUAGAUCUUUACCCAAAGGACUCCUGGAAUUUCGUCUUUGGCCAAGCCUCCUUGACUGAAGGAAUGGGGAUCUUCAGCUUUGCCAGGUAUGACAGCGACUUUUACAGUGCAAACUACAAAGGCACACUGAAGACUACAAAGAAGCUUCCUCCAUCUGACUAUUCUGUGUUUGAUGGCUACUAUACCCCUGAGAUCACAAGCAAGCUGCUUCUGAGGUCCUGCAAAACCCUGACUCAUGAGAUUGGGCACAUCUUUGGACUGCAUCACUGCCAGUGGUUAGAAUGUGUCAUGCAGGGCUCCAACCAUUUGGAGGAAUCGGACCGACGCCCAUUGCAUCUUUGCCCCAUUUGUCUGCGCAAGCUACAGUCCGCCCUUGGCUUCAACAUUCUGGAAAGAUACAAGGCACUGCAGAAGUGGAUGGAGGAAGAAGCUACUGGACUAGAAGGGCUUAGCAGUGAAGCAAGGCCAAGUUUGCAGAAACCAUUGGAAGCAUUUAAAGAAAGCUAUGACUGGAUUUCCAAAUGCCUAGAAGUUCUACAGAAGUAAAAUCCUUUGGGGUGUAGGUAACCUUAAAGUGAACACUCUUAUUUCAGUGGUGGGCGGCUGCUAAAAUAUGAGAUGGUGAAUGAAUGAAUGAAUGAUUUGUUUAGUUCUUUAGUUAGAAACUAAACAACUUGUCCUUAAAA